GUUAAGUUUCAGGAAAAUAUCAGUUCCCAACUAAUUGUUUUGAUGUAAAACAACCUUUUUUGUGUCAUUUAUGUUGUAGUAUAGAUAUUUUAGCUGUCACAAAGGCAAAACAAGUUAUGCUAGAACUGUAUCUUUUUACAAAAAGCUAGUCGGGAACUGAUAUUUUCUCAAAACGUACUUAUGUUCUACUGCUGAUAUUCACAAUAAAUAAUUUAAAAAUACGUAAUUAUGGAAGUCAAGUGUACAACGCACAAUUUUAAAGUUUUAUGCUUCAUUCAGAGCGUUUUUGUCUUUAAGCAUUGACAUUUCGUAGUUUGUUCUGGGGUCCUUGAAGGCACCGUCGUUGCGGAAAAAAGACAUUUUUAAGUUUUUCUGCAUUAUUUUUGUCAUCUGAAAUACAUGACUAGCACAUAGUUUUCUGCCAUGAAUGCUGAUUAGCAAACACACGGGGAAUCGACCGUAUAAGCAGUUAAAUGCAGUAUGUGUUCUUUGAUGCAUUGUGUUUGGAAAAAAGGGUUUACUGCUCAAUGGUCAUCCAGGACGUUUGUAUUUUUCCAUUCAGAGAAUGUAAACAGAAAGGCAUUCAAAGAGAGUGUGAAACCAGGAUGGUAUUACUUUGGCAGAAAAAUGGACGUUGCAGACUUUGAAUGGAUGAUGUGGUUCUCGACAUUCCGCAAUCAUAUACUUUUUGCUCUUACCGGUCAUGUGAUCUUUGCCAAGAUCUUCACCUUGCUGGCCCCAAAGGUGCAUGCAUAUUGGUAUAGAUGGAUGUAAGCACAGAUCUUUCGUCUUUGCCGUGUAUGGGACUUUGGCGGUCCUGGUCACUAUGGGCUGGACCUUCAUUGCUUUGGUUCUGUCUCACUGCAUCAUACUCUACAGCGUGGCCAUGAUCAAAAGGAAAUGGAUGUGCUUCGCUGCAGGCCUGGCCACCCUCGCCUCAAUCAAGUUGGAGCCGUAUAAUUCCUGGCAGGAAGCCUUGGUGACGGGCUCUUUUGACCUGCAAGAUAUUCUCUUCUACGGAGGAUGCGGCUUCAGUAUCAUGCGCUGUAUGAGCUUCGCGUUGGAGAACUGCGAGAAGAAAGAUGGCAGCUACACGUUCUGUGACCUGCUGAAGUAUAACUUCUACCUCCCUUUCUUCUUCUUCGGACCCAUCAUGACUUUUGACAAAUAUCACGCCCAGGCAAACGCCACAAAGCUGAGCCGCAAGGAGAGGGAGAUGUGGAACAUCACCACAAGAGCAUUGUUGCAUCUGGGAUUGAUUGUGAUGGUGGACGUCUUCUUCCACUAUCUCUACAUCCUGACAAUCCCCAGUGACAUGAAACUGGUCACCAAGCUGUCCGACUGGUGUCUCGCCGGUCUGGCCUAUUCCAACCUGGUGUAUGAUUGGUUGAAAGCAGCCGUGAUGUUCGGCGUGAUUAACACGGUGGCGACGCUGGACCACCUGGACCCUCCUCAGCCCCCUAAGUGUAUCACCAUGCUGUAUGUCUUCGCUGAGACGCACUUUGACAGAGGCAUCAACGACUGGCUGUGCAGGUAUGUUUAUGACUACAUCGGGAGAGAUCACGAUCAAAUCUUCCGCGAGCUCCUGGCCACCUUGUGCACCUUCGCCAUCACCACACUGUGGCUGGGACCGUGCGAGCUGGUCUACAUCUGGUCCUUCUUCAACUGUUUUGGACUCAACUUUGAGCUCUGGGUGGCCAAGUUCUUCUCCAUUCCGCCAUUUUCCACCAUAGAGGGUGUCAUGGGUGAAGCCAUGUCGCGUAGGAUCCGAGGUCUUUUCAACGCCGCCAACUUCUGGGCUAUCGUCCUCUACAAUGUUCUCUCCCUGAACAGUUUAGAGUUUGCCAAACUGGUUGGUAGAAGACUGCUUUUCAAAGGCUUUCCUAUGUCGAGCCUUUCUGUCUUACUGGUGACGUACUGCGGCGUCCAGUUGGUCAAAGAGAGGGAGCGUCAGCAGGCCCUGCAGGAGGACGCGGAGGCAGUCAAGCCGCUAGAUGGUGGCAAAGAAAAGGCAGAAUAAACAUCAGGAAGUCAGGAACACCGCCUCACAUUUUUCAUCUGCAGCACUUCCAGCCUGCUUGUGACUUACAAUUUUCACCUCAGUUGCACUUUCCGGAGACGAUCACAACAAUCUUUGGCACAAAGACUCACCAUUAGAUUUUGUAUGCAUGGUGAUGGUACUGUAAAGGAACAAUACAAUGAAUUAUAUUAUAAUGCCAAUAUUGAUAAAGAGAAUGUUAUCCAAGGGCUACAAGGUGAAAACGUAGAUAUAAAAAGGUGCAGUGGAGCACUCCACGUUGCAUGCAGCUAUUAUAAUGACGUGUAUCUACAUAGCUCCAGGCCAUAAUGCUUAGGACUUACUAUCGAUCUUGAAUGUGCAGGAUUUUGUAGGUUUUCCUACCUGUUUGUCAUGUUUACACUCACUGCAUUGCCUUAUCUCAGUGUAAGAUUUUUUUCAUCAAGCAAAACAAGAAUACAGUCUUCCUCAAUGCAUAAAAAAACGUAGUUUUAUCACGGAUAAUUAAAUUAAAUCGAAACCUACAAGCAUUUAACAGUUUCAUUUGUUUGAAUUGCUGUUAUGGUGGUGGGUCUCACACUGGCGCUGCCCUCAAUCACCACAAGGGGGUGUAGUUGAGGCGGAUUUGAUUAUUAGCGCCGUUCCACUCGCACACAAUGACAUUAAAGUAAACCUUUAAAGGGCAAACCGAUGCUUAUUGAAUCUGUUGAUCUCUUUCGCUCAAUUUGAACUUUCUUGACCUCUGCCUCCUUUUCCAGUUAGUGUUUGUUUGUUUUUUUUCGACAGGUAAAAUACGAGAAACUAUUAACAUGGGAUGGGGACACAAUACCUC